AUGCUGAAUCAUGUAAAGGUUGACGGCAUUUCCACGAUCCGUGCUUAUGGUUGGGAAAGUGAAUUUGAACUUGACAACAUCACUAAAUUGGACUCCUCUCAGAGCCCGCUCUAUCUCCUUCUAUGCUUGCAGCGAUGGCUCAAUAUAGUCCUUGAUCUGCUGGUCGCUGGAAUUGCAUUGCUAUUGAUUGCAUUCGCAGUGAUCUUCCGGGACACAGCAACUGGCGCGGAAAUGGGCAUUGCUUUGAAUAUGAUCAUCGCUGCGAACACUACUUUGCUUCGCUUGGUGGAGAACUGGACAAGUCUGGAGACAUCACUGGGCGCGGUUUCUCGGCUGAGGUCCAUUGACUAUGAUACGCCAUUCGAAGACGAAGACCGUGACUACUUGGAGCCUUCUACACAGUGGCCGGCUGCAGGAUCUGUUAGCAUAAGAAAUGUGUCGGCUGGUUACACUCCGCAAGCACCAGUUCUUCGUGAUCUGAACCUGAACAUUCAACCUGGUCAAUUGCUUGUUCUCUGUGGCCGAACUGGAAGUGGGAAGAGUAGCCUCUUUCUGGCCCUGUUACGGCUAUUGAAUCCUCAGACUGGCUCCAUCGAACUUGGAGGGGUGGACAUCGCCCGCCUGCCAGUUCAUAUUGUUCGACGACGCGGCGUGAUCGCAGUGCCCCAAGAUCCAUUCCUCCUUCCGGAUGCGAGCCUCCGAUUCAACCUCGAUCCGUACAAUCAGCACCAAGAUGCCGCUUUGAUACAAGCUCUCAAACAAACCGGACUUUGGUCCCAACUCUCUCCUUCUUCUUCUUCCGAGUUUCAAGAAGCGUCUGGUGCAACGUCUACAUUCAGAGACAGAUCCUCAGAUUUUGAACUACUUGAUAAACCAUUAUCAACGUUCCCACCCAUUUCUACAGGCCAGAUGCAGAUGUUCGCUCUCGCCCAGGCAUUAUUGAGAGUGCAAGCUCUGUCAUCGUCAACUUACAGUAAUAACAGCGACAUUGCAUAUGAUGACAUAGGGCCAAAACCAAUCGUGAUUCUCGAUGAAGCCAGUUCUUCGCUGGAUCUGGAAACGGAGAACAGGAUGCACGAACUGUUAAAGGAGCAGGCCAUUAAUAAAGGUCAUACGGUUAUUAUGAUCUCUCAUAGAGAUGGUAGUAUGCAGAAAGGCCUAAGACCGGGAGUCGAUGCUGUUGUUUGGUUGAGAGACGGAAAGGUGCGUGGGAAUAGUCAUGAUCUGGUUGGUGGUGGUAGUGAUUACUAG